UUCGUGUCUCGGACCCCUACUCUUCAGUGCCUAUGCAGCAAGCUGUUCGAGGUCAUCAAGCUGUACCUGCCCAACGCACACGCAUUCGCUGACGAUACUCAACCUUAUCUUCCUUUCGACCCAGACAACUCCCUUAGCGAAGCAGAGGCAGUACAUGCCAUGGAACAGUGUAAUCGCGCCAUAAGGGUGUGGAUGCAAGCUGACAAACUGAAACUUAAUGAGAACAAAACUGAGGUCAUGUUCAUCGGAACCAGCCAACAACUUAGCAAAGUCAACCUAGAUGCUCUACUGUUGGUGAUACUAGUGUUGCUAUUGUAA